AUGAAUAUUUUUUUCUUUCUAAGUCUUAAUUAUUUCCUUUACAUUGAACUUUCUGCCCAAUAUAUGAAGGGUGCCCAAUAUAUGCCUGCCCAAUGUAGACAGAUUAUACUAUAUAUGAAUAAAUUAAAUUAAUUGAAAUAGUAACCUUUUAAAGAAUCCAAGCAGCUAAGGAAAAAAUGUUUAAAAAAAACAAAUUUUAUGGAAGGUGUUGAAAAGGAAACACCAACUUACAAAAAAUAGCUAAUUCAUGCAUGA